UUUUUCUUUUAAAGGAAAUGAAAUUUUAUUAAAGAACAUUUAAAAGGAAUUACAAGAAACAAAGAUAAAAGAAGAAACAAGGGGAAGGGGAAGAGGAAAAAAACAAACAAACAAGAACUACAAGUGAGGAAACCAACCCUAAUGCAUCAAAAAGAUGAGAUUGAGAUCUCAUGAUAUGUGAUCGAUGAUGUUUUUUCUUAUAUAUAUUUUGAUUUGGGUAUUCAAGUUCUGCGAAGGCAAGCAAUUAUCCCUCAUUACUUUGUCAAAGAUGUCUUGAUUCUAUUAAGCUAUGGUGAAAAUGAAACUCACAGUUCACUUUGGGUUGACUUUAUUAAAGCACGAUAUCCUAGGGGUCUUGAUUUAACUCCAAAGGUGACAGAUUCUCCAAUUUGGAGAAGGAUGUGUCUGAUUAAUGAAUGUGCCAGUAAUCUAUGUCAAAUUAACCUCGAUAAUAGUGUGAGAUGGUUACUUGAAGAUGAUGGGAAUUUCUCACUUAAAUCAGCUUAUAAUAUGGUUAGGGAGGAUCUCUCUUCCACGUUUUCAUUCAAGCACGCUUGGCAUCCUAGGCAUCCCCUGCAAAUCAAACUCUUUCAGUGGAAAAUUCUUAGAGGAAUUUUGCCAGUUACUGAUAGUUUAAUUUGACAAGAUUCAGAUGGUUUGUCAACCCAUCCAUCUGCCCUCUAUGUAACCAUAGUGAAGAUUCAGCUGAUCAUUUGUUUUUCUAUGCAGUAUUGCUUACUCCAUUUGGAGUUAUUUCAUGAUCAUUUUUGGAAUUCCAAUCCCCAAUCGAUCCACAUCUAUCAAGGGCAUUCUGAUGGUUCAGUGGCUUAGGGCUGGGAGAAAAAACCUAGUUCAUAUUUUUAAGCAUAACCUGUCGGGCAUUAUCUGUUGGCAUUUGUGGAAGGUAUAUUCUAGCAUUAUUUGGGGUUCGGACAACAGGGUGCCCUCUCAUGAGUUUAUAAUCUUCCAAAUUAAAUUAUAUACUCAAAAUUGGGCCAUCAGUUUGUCCAAUUUAAAGAUUCGAGUUUUUGGUGAUGUGCUAUACGAAGAAAAGUUGAUUCACAGCAACUUCAAGUUUAAGGGUGGACUAUUCAAAGCAAUCAAAUGGAAGAGAUCAAAGGAAGGAUUCAAGCUCAAUACGGAUGCUAAGUUCUUUCCUGGGAUUGCUGCAGGUGGCGCGAUUCUCAGAAACUCGGACGACGAGAUGAGCUUUGCAAUUUCAUUCCCUCCUUUUGUCUCGUCGCCUCUCGAAGCUGAGCUUGCUUCGUCCCUCUAUGCGACAAACUGGACUAUAGCACCUGGCUUCUCGGAUUUCCUUGUUGAAAUGGAUGUUGCGGUAGCCUUGAGAUACAUCUCUGAUGGCGGUGCGGGUAGAUGGAAGGAGUAUCAAGAAAUGUUACUCAGAGCUUUCAAC